AGUUUUUAUACUCCUUCAAAGAAUGAGGGUAUUUAGACUUUUUCAAAAUAGGGUACUUUAGACUUUUUAUAAAAACCAUCUUCUUUCCCAACCCAUUACAAACUUAGUAGUCCCAGCCGCCCUUCCAGAGAGAGACGGACAGGAGAGUUGGUUAAAGCAACGCCGCAGCUAUGAGUCUGGUAGCGAAUGAAGAUUUCCAGCACAUUUUGCGUAUCCUCAACACCAACGUUGAUGGAAAGCAGAAGAUUAUGUUCGCUCUCACUUCCAUCAAAGGUAUCGGCCGCCGAUUUGCUAACAUCUGCUGCAAGAAAGCCGACAUCGACAUGAACAAAAGGGCUGGAGAGCUGUCUUCUGCUGAGAUUGAAAAUCUGAUGACGGUUGUUGCGAACCCCCGUCAGUUCAAGAUCCCAGACUGGUUCCUUAACAGGCAGAAGGAUUACAAGGAUGGUAACUAUUCACAGGUUGUAUCCAAUGCUUUGGAUAUGAAACUCAGGGAUGAUCUUGAGAGAUUGAAGAAAAUCAGGAACCAUCGUGGCCUGCGACACUACUGGGGUCUUCGUGUACGUGGACAGCACACUAAGACUACCGGACGCAGGGGAAAGACUGUUGGUGUCUCCAAGAAGCGUUGAGAGAUUUUGAUUUUACACCCCCAUCUGUUCAUUAAAUUAUGUUCUGUUUGUUAUUCAAAUUUUGGUUAAAUAUACAAUGAAUGGUGUGGUUUUAGCACUUGGAGUUCCUGUUUCCUAAGCAUGUGAGCCUUAAGGGUUUUCAAUCAAAGUAGACAGCCUUUUGCUUCAUCUACAUUCCUAAUUUGCUGAAGUACGUGAUGAGUUUUUUAAGAACUUCUAAAACCAUGUCUGUGGGUUUAAUGCCGCCUUCUGUAAUGUCGAUUCUUUACCUUCAAAUGUUAUCUUUUAUCGUUGGAUAGGUAUGAUGUGGUUGUAGAAUAAUGGAUCAGGCAGUAAACCUGAACUUGCC